CAUUAACCAUUACAUUAACUGAAAAUAUUAAUAUAUUAAGUUAUUUUGAUUGUGUUGGUAAAGUAUGCAUGAUACAUCGUAUGAUAAUGAGGACAACUUCAGAAAAUAUGCUGCGAAAGUUUAUGAUCCAAUAAAAAUUGGUUCCAUAGAUGGUACUGAUACGGAACCUCACGACAGAGGAAUUCUGAGAGCGUUAAGUUCGGAAUAUGUACCAAACAAACUGGUGAAGGGUGACCCACACCAUACCAUUUUCGUUGCCAGACUCAAUCCAAGAACGACUCAGGAGACAAUAGUCAAGGAAUUUUCAAAAUUUGGAAAAAUAGUGCACUGUCGUUUAGUUAAAGAUAUAGUAACGGGCAAAUCAAAGCAGUAUGCAUUUGUAGAGUUUGAAAAAACAUCAGCAGCUGACAGGGCUUUUUACGACAUGCAUAAGGAAUAUAUUGACAAUACAGAAGUUAUUGUUGAGAAGGAAGCAGAGAGAAGACUGCAGGGCUGGAAACCGAGAAGACUGGGGGGUGGAUUCGGGGGAAGAAAAGAGUCAGGGCAACUGAGGUUUGGUUGCAGAGACAGACCAUUUCGAAAACCUAUUAUUGUUCCCAAAAAUCUAGAGAGACGAGAUCAAAAAUAGACCUUAAUAACAUUUAUUUAUUCUUAACAUAAACUUUAACUUUAGUGUAGUCUAG